GCUGAGAGAAAAGGGAGCCAGUCAGAGAAAAGACGACCUCAACCCUAUCGGAACAGGCAGCAGCUCUGGCAAGCGCCGUCUCUUUGUUCUAAACUGGCUUCAAAAACAAAAACGCGAUAUUUUAAGAUUUUAUUCCUCAAUGCCUUCGCGAAAAUUCACCGAGAUGGACUUACACGAGACUGAGUAUAUGGAUCACUUUGUGGCUAAGGUUAAGAGAAGAAGGCAUGACAGCGAGCAGUCUGUCUCUAGUGGGUUCAGUGUCGGCUCCUCUGGUCUGGAGUACACUGACCUGGAGGCGGCAGAGGCACUGGUGUGCAUGAGUUCUUGGGGCCAGCCUCUUUUCUUAAACAGCAACAAGCCAAACCCCUGCAAGCCAAGACCCCUUACCCCAGCUUCGGACUCCUGCGACUCCCUCCUGCCCCCCGAACUGCCGGAGCCCCCGAAGGACUUUGUGUCCUUCUCCUCCCUGUGCAUGACCCCACCUCACAGUCCCAGCUUUGUUGAAGCAUCAUCAAGCACUGUGCAUCAGUCAAGUUCUGGCCUGGCUGCAUCCACACAGCGACCUGUCCUGGCAGUCGUUGCUGAAAAGACCCCCUCCCUCCCCCUCCCGCAGCCCUGCAGAGCAAUGGCGACCAGCGUGAUCCGCCACACUGCAGACAGAACCCUCUGCCAGCCCCACAGUCCAGUGGCCCCCAAUCCAGAGAAAGCUAGGGACAUGGUAACAUCUAAUACAGUGGUCUGCCAGCAGCAGCAGCAGCAGCAAUGCAUUACAUUUACAGAGCAGAUAACCACACCUCCUGCUUCCCUCAUACCUUCAACAACAGAGCAGCCAGCAAGUCCCCCAAAACCCUGUUUGGACAGUGUCCCCACCCCAACUCUUGUCAACACCCAACCGCAAAAUAGCCCACCCACUCCCCCUGUUCCCACAACCGUGUCCCCUCCUCCAGUUGCCAGCCCUCAAAUCAUCUGCCAGAUGUUCCCUGUCAGCAGCCAAUCGGGUAUAAUCUCAGCCUUCAUCCCCAGUGCGGUUCAGACAUCCAAUUCUGGAAUUCGGACUGCCGCCACACCCAUCCUCCCCCAGCCCACCUCAGCUAACACCCCCCCUGUUCAGCAGUCCCUGAUUGUGGGCUCAGCAGUCCCCCAAGGCACAGUGAUGUUGGUCCUCCCUCAGUCAUCUGUCUCUCAGGCCCCCCACUGCCCUCAGACUGUCAUGACCCUGGGCAACACCAAGCUACUACCUCUGGCCCCAGCCCCCAUGUACGUUUCAGCAGGACCCAGCAACAGCACAACAGCCACAAAGAUGGACUUUUCCCGCAGGAGGAACUAUGUUUGCAGCUUCCCAGGCUGCAGGAAGACGUACUUCAAGAGCUCACACCUCAAAGCACACCUUCGAACACACACAGGUGAGAAGCCCUUCAGCUGCAGCUGGGAUGGGUGUGAUAAGAGGUUUGCCCGCUCCGACGAACUCUCACGUCACAGGCGUACCCACACCGGGGAGAAGAAGUUUGUGUGUCCCGUGUGCGACCGGCGGUUUAUGCGCAGCGAUCACCUGACCAAACACGCCCGCCGCCACAUGACGACGAAGAAAAUUCCCUCUUGGCAGGCCGAUGUUAGGAGUCUGAACAAAAUGGCUGCUGGCAAAACUCCUCCCUCAAAAUCUGGCAUCGCAACGUUAAGCAUGCUGGUACCUGCCAGCUCAAAGUAGACAAUGAACAACUUGCCAUCCGACCCACUCCCAAGAUACCAGAGGGACACAGGAAGCAGCCAAGCACACAACACUGCUGCUCUCUUGACUCAUGGGAAUGAAAGAAAAUCAUGCACUGGACUCUCUUUCUGCUCUCCUGCUCAUUUGUACACAUAUUUUCUCUAAAAGAUUCUUUGUUUAUAUAAUUGAUCUUAUGUAUGCACUCUUGCCAAAGCCUUUAUAUGAAGUUUUGUCUUAUACAUUUCACCUUCUGCACCUCUCCUUUGUUUGUGUUGAUAUUCAUGUAUGUCUAUGUGAAUGUGUUGUUGGUUGUACUAUAAAAAUGCAUUAAUUUGUCAUUUGGGGGGAAAAGUUGACAUGAAAACAAAUGUAAAUAUAUUAAUCAUCAGUGCUAUAAUUAUACCUUGAUUGUAUCUCCCUCUCUACCUUUUCAUAUUAUUUAAUACAUAUUUGUAAUAAAAUAAGGUUACAUGAA